ACCAAGAUGCUAGCAGCGUUAGCUUCCAGGCUUCCGUCGGUCAGAAGAUGAUUUUUCCUGAGUGAGCUGAAGGUUCAGUGUCUGCAGUAACAACAUCAUCAUCAUCCAUCACAGACCGACUGACUGCUGGAGACCCGAACCGCCCAGAACCUCCCGCCGGGCUCACCUACACGUCUGAUUCUGACUGGAAGGUUCUCGCUGAUUCUGUCCUGGUGGAAGAGUGGAUCUCUAUGACCAGAGAUGAAAGAGGAAUCAGAACCACAGCAGAUACCUGAGGCAAAAGAGGAACCAGAACCUCAUUCAAUCAAAGAAGAACCCAUCGAACUAUGGGUCUUUGAAAAUGAAGGGCAGCUUUUAAUGAAGCAGGAGACCAACAACUCUAUGACUCCUGCAACUGAUGAUGAAAUAUUCCACAAUGGAGCAGAACUGCAGCAGAUGAUGGAGACAAAAGAAGAACUGGACCCUGAACUAAUUAAAGAAGAACAGGAAGAACCACAAUCUAUAGAGAUUAAAGAUCAGGAAGAACUAAUACUGGUGAAGAUUAAAGAAGAACAAGAAGAACCAGAACUUGUACAAAUUAAAGAGGAACCAGAACUCAGGCCGAUUAAAGUGGAACAUGAGGAUCUCUACAAUGAACAGGAUGAAAAGCAGCUUGUAGUGAAGCAGGAAAUUGAAACAUGUAUAGUAUUUCCUACCUAUAAGCAACAAGAUAACAGUGAACCAGAACCAAACAAGGACCAACUCCCCUUUGUGAACAACCCUGAAGAUUGCCAACAACAGCUGGAAAGCAACCAGAAAGACUCAGGAUCCAGUGGAGAUAAAGAUCUACAGCCAGAGAGGAAACUUCAGGACAAUGAAAACCACCGGGACAAUGUGGACAAAUCAGAACCAAAUGGUUUUAAAACUAAUUUGAUCUCAUGUAAGGUAUGCGGCAGAAGUUUUGGUAGAUACAGGUACUUGGUAUCUCACAUGAGAAUUCACACAAACAAGAAGCCAUUUUUAUGUCUGACUUGUGGGAAAGGUUUCAUCAGGCAACCUGACCUGAAGGUUCACAUGACACACCACACAGGUGAGAAGCCUUUCCAGUGUCUGACUUGUGGUAAAGCUUUUCCUAGGCAACCUGACCUAACUGUCCACGUUAGAACCCACACAGGUGAGAAGCCUUUCCAGUGUCUGGUUUGUGGUAAAGGAUUCAUCCAAAAAACCACCAUGUUGUGUCACAUGAGAACUCACACAGGUGAGAAACCUUUCCAAUGUCUGGACUGUGGUAAAGGUUUUAUCCAGAAAACUACCUUGAGGUAUCACAUGAGAACACACACAGGUGAGAAACCUUUUUCUUGUGAAUUGUGUGAUAAAUCUUUCCGACAGAGAAGUGAUUUGGCUUGUCACACAAAAACUCACACGGAUGAGAAACCACAUAGUUGUGAAAAGUGUGGCAAGUCUUUUAGAAAGCGUAGCGAUUUAGCCAACCACACAUUAUCCCACACUGGGGAGAUGCCUUUCCCCUGUCCUACUUGUGGAAAAGGUUUUAAACAACAAUAUAAAUUGACAAUGCACAUGAAAGUUCACACGGGAGAUAAACCAUACAAUUGCGAAGUAUGUGAUAAAUCUUUCAGACAGCGUAGUGAUUUGACUCGUCAUCUAAAAACUCACAAGCGUGUGAAGUUGUCAUCUUGUACAGUGUGUGGUAAAUUACUAAGUGAGUUCAGUAGUAUGCCUCGACACAUGAAAACUCACACUGGGGAGAAGGCGUAUCUCUGUGAAGUGUGUGAUAAAUCUUUCAUACAGAAAAGUGAUUUGGUUCGUCAUAUGCGAACACACAGAGAGAAACAAACCGAACAAACACCGAACAUCAGCUCAGACUGCGGGAGAGGAGAACCGCUGCGGGAGAGGAGAACCGCUGCGGGAGAGGAGAACCGCUGCGGGAGAGGAGAACCGCUCCGGGAGAGGAGAACCGCUGCGGGAGAGGAGAACCGCUCCGGGAGAGGAGAACCGCUGCGGGAGGGGAGAACCGCUGCGGAGAGGAGAACCGCUGCGGGAGGGGAGAACCGCUGCGGGAGGGGAGAACCGCUGCGGGAGAGGAGAACCGCUGCGGGAGAGGAGAACCGCUCCGGGAGAGGAGAACCGCUGCGGGAGAGGAGAACCGCUCCGGGAGAGGAGAACCGCUGCGGGAGGGGAGACCGCUGCGGGAGGGGAGAACCGCUGCGGGAGAGGAGAACCGCUCCGGGAGAGGAGAACCGCUGCGGGAGGGGAGAACCGCUCCGGGAGAGGAGAACCGCUGCGGGAGAGGAGAACCGCUCCGGGAGAGGAGAACCGCUGCGGGAGAGGAACCGCUCCGGGAGAGGAGAACCGCUGCGGGAGAGGAGAACCGCUGCGGGAGAGGAGAACCGCUGCGGGAGAGGAGAACCCUGCAGGGCUUUCUGCAGCAUCAUGUCUGUUACUACAUGGGAGGUUGAUGCUGAGCAGCUUCUUGUAACUGAAAAGAAGACCUUAGUCAUUGAGAAAAAGAUAAACAUUAGAGAAAUAAAGGAACAGGAGGAAGCACAAACGCAGCAAGUGACCAAAAUAAAAGAGGAUCCAGAACUUCAAUCAGUCAAAGAAGAACAGGUUGAACAAUGUAUCUUUCAGAAUGAAGGGCAGGUUUUAGUGAAGCAAGAGACCAACACCACUAUGGUGACACCUGGUGGCAAUGAACCAGAACUGCAGCGGAUGAUAGAGACAAAAGAGGAACCAGAACCUGUAGAGAUGAAGGAGGAGCAGGAGGAGCCAGACCCUGUGCAGAUUAAGGAAGAACCACCAGAACGGGUUCAGAUUAAAGAAGAACAGGAGGAUAUCUGCAGUGAUCAAGAUGAAGAACGGCUUGUCAUGAAGCACGAAACCAAGACUUUUGUAAUAACCUUAGCUUGUGAACAAAAAGACAGUAGUGAACCAGUACUAAACAAAGACCAGCUGCUCUCUGAAUACCACGCUGAAUAUGAGGGCCAGGAAGAUUCAGGAUCCAGUAGAGAUAAAGACCUGAGGACAGAGAAGAGACCACAGGACACCAGAAAUCACAGAGACAAUAUGGACAAUUCAGAACCAAAAACACAAAACACUAAUUUGUCCUCUUGUGAAGUAUGCGGUAAAUACUUCACUAAGCGUAAGUACUUGACAGACCACGUGAGAACUCACACAGGGGAGAAGCCAUAUACUUGUAAAUUUUGUGGUAAAUCUUUUACUAACCACAGUAAUCGAGCUAAACACCUGAGAACUCACACAGACAAGAAACCACAUCCCUGCGAACUGUGUGAUAAAUCUUUCAGACAGCCUAAUGAGUUGGCUCGUCACUUUAGAACUCACACUGGUGAGAAACCUUUCUCUUGUCUGACUUGUGGAAAAGAUUUCACCCAACAGUCUAACUUGACGGUGCACUUGAGGUCUCACACAGGUGAGAAGCCAUAUUCAUGUAACUUUUGUGAUAGCACUUUCAGAUAUGGUGGUCAGUUGACUAUUCAUGUAAGAACCCACACAGGUGAGAAACCUUUCUCGUGUCUGACUUGUGGAAGAGGUUUCACCAAGCAAAGCGCCUUAACUGAGCAUGUCAGAACCCAUACAGGAGAGAAACCGUAUCCCUGUAAGUUGUGUGAUAAAUCUUUUAGAAAAAGUAGUGCUUUGACUUAUCACAUGAGAACGCAUACAAGUGAGAGGUCAUAAAUUAUGAGAUAGGCAUUUUGUAGGAAGCAGUUAUUUAGUUAAAAACUAAUACAUUGGUUGAAACAAGGAAGGAAGGGACAAUUCAGCCCCUUUACUUUUUUGUAAAGUAAAACCAUUUAUAUUAAUAAUUCAUACAACAGGCCAAAAGAUUUAUUCUUGUGAUGCCUUUACAGGAAGUUUGUCCAUCUACUGGACAAAUAAAAAAUUAACUUUUUGCUAAAUUUUGAUGUGUUUGGACAAAUAUGUGCAAUUUAGCAUUAUGAGGAGGUGGAAAACUGUUCAUCCUCACUCAAGUUUCCAAAAAUAACCUUCUUUAGCUGAUGAGGUGAACACUAAAGCUAGAGAUACUUUCCCUAUGAGGCAGAUAGAUAGGAAAAAAACAAGAUGCCAUGAAAACUAAUGCUACGACACUUAUGUCUGAGAGAAACUUUAAAUGGUCAGUAAAACAUUACUGAUGAAGUUCUGGUUGAGACGACUUUCACAGCUGCUCCAUUCCUAGUGUUACAAAUUAAAGAGAAAUGUUCAAUCAGAUGCUAAAUAGUGAAGCAACAAAAACAUGUUGGAGAAUAAAUGAGUGUAGCUGCCUUCUGCUACAUCACAAAAGAAAAUGAUCACAAAAAUCAUAUUCAGCAAAAUGACCAGAUAGUAACUGUACAGGGCUGCUGCUCUCCAUGGACCAAAUCCUUGUUUACACUGUAAAAAUGGAUCCAUGUUGGUUUUGAAACACAAUUUAUCUUAGUACAGAAUGACCCUUUAUUUGUCCCUCAGUUGUAACAUUUGUUUGCAUUGACAACAAAUUGAUUAAUGAAUUUGAUCAGAGGUUUGUUGCCUUCCUGUCUCCUGUACAUGGCAAAGAUUUUUCAAAUUAAAAAGACACAUGUGAUUUAAAAAAUUAUAUUCCACAUUUAUUAAGAGAAAGCACAUCUUCUUUAAAAAUAUCCAAUAGUUAUGAUUCUACUCAUCAAAUAUCUGAAUAGUUUGUCAUUUAAAGCACUGGAACCAGUUUGGUUUGUAAUUUUUGGAUUCUCCAGCUGUUCAUUCGAUUUUUUUUUUUAUCUGACUCCUCAUUACCUGGUUUUGUGAUCUAACCGCAGAUUUUAACAUCUAUAAAUAUUGAAAGCAACAGCCUAAGUGAAAUGUUUUCACCUAAACAUUCCUGUCUGCUGCACCGAUUGCAGUUUUCUGGCCGAUCACCGAUUACUGUUUUGUUUGAAAAGCCAAACUUAACGAUUCCGAUACCAUUUUUUUGUCUGAAAUGUUGUUCAGUCUAUCAGAAAAGUUGCUGAAUUGGCAAAAAAUGGGUGACUGUUGUUAACUGUAAAUGUGCAGAUGUGAGCUGGUCGGCCGGUCUGUCAGUCACAGCUCUCUCACGGGAGAAAAGAAAAGCACAGUGGUUGAUUUUUAGACCUUUGCCGAGGUUGAUAACACCGGUGGAUGAGAUCGACUGCACCUGUAAAAAUCAGCCGAUCUCCCAAAAUUAAGGAAAUCAGCACCAAUGACUCGCCUGGCAGAUAAAUUGAAUUGGAUGUUUUAUAUUAAAAAACAUUUACCUAAUUAUUAAAGUGAAGAGAUGUCUUUCGUAACCCUGAUAUUGCUGUUCCAUUUGCUGACGAAGAUAAGAUCAGGGGAUAAGAUGGGCUUCACAUGUAAGUAUCGGCCAAUCCCCCAAAAUUCAGGAAAUCGGCACCCACAAAUCAACUGGUCAAUAAAUCAAUUGGCCAAUAAAUGUAUCUUAUAUUAUACAUCUAUAUAAUGUAAACAGCACUUCCAGAGACGCAAUAAGUUUAUAUCAGGUGUGUGAAUGAUCUGAUGAUCGGACUGCUGAUUGCAUGGAGGCCUGGGCAAAACGAUGU